CAAAGUCCUUUACUAGCAUUCAAGUAAUCUGUUUGUUUUUUGUGGUGCGUUUGAAAGUAAAAUAGUUUACUGUGUGUAUAUAUAAUUAUUUUAAAUUUAAGAAAAAUCUGGAAUAUUUUUUUCACUCUUUCAUAAAUUACGCUUAGGUUGACGUACACCGUACACAAAAAUAACCAUAAUGAAAAAUCCCAGCCCAGCCUUUUUCAAAGUCGUUUUCUGAUUUAAGUGGAGACAAGAGUAUGUAUCUCUCGCUUUCACACAUGCUAUAUCUUAUAUAUUUAUUUUCGGUUUAGCCGCGUUAACCGUCUAGUUCAGGUAACAACCAGGCUCACGUAGUUAAUCUAAUGCAGUGCAGUCCCUCUCUAUUUUUGUAUUUUCUGUUUAGUGCAACUGCAGCCGAAUGUGAAUUUUUCGGGGAGGCUUUUUAAAGGGUAAUUUCUGGAAAUAUGACAACUUUUCAUAAAGUGGAUGUAAACAAAACGGUAUGGGAAGUCCCCACUAGGUACCAAAUGCUUUUAGCUGUUGGUUCAGGAGCAUACGGCCAAGUUUGUUCCGCGUUAGACACCCAAACAAAGAAAAAAGUAGCAAUAAAAAAACUAGCCCGUCCAUUUCAAACCGUUGUGCAUGCAAAAAGAACAUACAGAGAGUUGAAAUUGUUAAAACACAUGAGACAUGAAAAUGUUAUUGGACUUCUAGAUGUAUUCUAUCCAAAACAUGAUAACAGCCAGAUAUAUUUGGUAACCCACCUGAUGGGUGCAGAUUUGAACAAUAUUAUCAGGACACAAAGACUGACAGAUGACCAUGUUCAAUUUUUAGUUUAUCAAAUCUUAAGGGGUUUGAAGUAUAUUCAUUCUGCAGGAAUUAUCCAUAGGGACUUGAAACCAUCAAAUAUAGCUGUAAAUGAAGACUGUGAGCUGAAAAUCUUAGACUUUGGUCUAGCUAGACCAACAGAGACAGAAAUGACUGGUUAUGUUGCAACUAGAUGGUACAGAGCACCUGAAAUUAUGUUGAGUUGGAUGCAUUAUAACCAAACAGUAGAUAUAUGGUCUGUAGGUUGCAUUAUGGCGGAAUUAUUGACUGGACGGACUUUAUUUCCUGGUACAGAUCAUAUUCAUCAGUUAAAUUUAAUAAUGGAGAUUUUAGGAACGCCUAAUGACGAAUUUAUGAACAAAAUUACUUCUGAAAAUGCCAGAAGUUACAUAAAGUCUUUACCACCCAUGCAAAAAAAAGACCUACAUAAAUACAUUGUAGGAGCGAACCCGAAUGCCAUAGACCUUCUUAGCCUUAUGUUAGAAAUUGAUAAUGACAAGCGCAUUACUGCAGAACAGGCGCUCGCGCAUCCUUAUCUAGCGGCCUAUGCAGAUCCAAACGAUGAACCUACUUCUGCGCCGUUCGAUGAUGAGAGCGAGAAUGAAGUUAUGAAUUAUCCUGUUGAGAAAUGGAGAGAGUUGGUUUUGGAUGAAGUUAACUCCUUUGUUUAUGUCCCAAUGCCUAAUGAAGAGAAUCGAGAAUAAAACUCAAAAAGAUGUUAAAAGAACAAAGUAGUAUAGUUUCGCAAAUUGCCUCCAAGGCCGCAACAGCGCUAAAGUUCAUAAAAUUAGAUGGGCGUAGAUCAUCUUAAAGGCCAAUCACCUUAAUUUUAGUUUGAAUGUAAUGUAAUAUUUUGGUGCUAUGUAACUAGAACGUCAAUAAACGAUAGUGUUAAUAAGAAUUGUUGGUAAUAAUUAGGUUACGUUUUUUGAAAGGCAGCAUCGUAGUUUUAGGCCAGUUUUGUAAUUUCCAUAGUGUAAUAAAAGUGUAAAAUAAAAACUAAUGUAUAUUAUGUAAAGUUAAUUAAAAAUAAUUUGUUUAGGUUUUUUGCUUCUACCUAACAUUAAGUAAGAAAAAAUUGACAAAACUUCUGGCUUUAAAAAGUUGAUUCAUGGUGUUCAUGUGUCCUACCAACUGAGCCAAUUAACAAAGCUCCUAUGCCGGUUUGCCAAUUUUUUUUAAAAUAAAAUAUUGUUUUUGCCAAGUCUAGUUUUAGUUUUCUUAUAUUAAUUACCCAGCGAUUUGAAUGGAUUUUUUCAUUGAGUCAGGUUGUAAUAACGGGUAUUCAUUUAUUAAAUAAGUAAAUCCAUAAAAAUAAUUUUUCUUAAGAAUAUUAGUAGUUGCAUAUUGUGCUAUUUAUAUUCUUUAUUUUGGUAUAUUGCAUCGUAUGUACUUCAAUCAUGUAAUUGUUUUAGUUCUCAAUGUACAAAUUAAGUCUUGUAAAAGAAGUUUUUUCUUUGAAAAUGAAAUACUACGUUAUCUCGCAAAUAUUUCAUCUAUUGCUUAUAGAGCUUUUAUAAAGGUAAAACAGAAAAUGAUUUUUACGCCAAUAGUAGCCUUAAAUAAAACUCGAUAAAUUUGAUACAAAAAACACUUUAUUCAAAAAUAAAAUGACCUUAUUAGUCAUAAUACGUUGGGAAGAGUCACAGGAUGUCCCUAUUUCAAUUUCUAUAUCCAAACCAAUUAACAAUAUUACGUAAAUACUGUUUGUAUUAUUAAGUCUAUUUGAUUUACGAAAUGUGUUGAUAGUGUUCUAACAUUUGGGGUUACACGCGGGAAAUAUUUUAGUAAUGUAAAUCUUUUACUACAUUCAUCAUCUGACAAAUGAAUAAAGAGGUACUCUCCCUCAAUUAAUUUUCAGAUUACAAUAAUUAAUAGGGAGCUGUUUACGUUUCUUUACCUCACUCUGCGUUAUUUCCUUGUUUGUUGGCUUUCCAGUUUAUUAUAAUAUGAGUUUCUACCAAUAUAUAUAUUGUAUAUGAAUAUAUUAUUUAUAUUU